AUGGCUGCCAGGCUGGCCUUAGCCCCCCCGGGGCUCUUGAAUCCCAACAAUCCCAUUAGGAGUCUAUCUCUAGCGUUCUGGUUAUGGAAAGCUCUUCUGUUUCUGGUUAUCAUUGGUUGCCCGGGGCCUGGUUAUGAUACUUCCACAGGGCUGCUUCCUUUCCAGGAAUCCGCCGCUUCUGACGCCAGAGGGGAAGUCAUUAGGCAUGCGCCCUUCUCGUUUCCUCUAAAGCUUGUCAGAUGGGAUUCAAUAUACUUUGUGCAUAUUGUGCGGGAUGGCUAUGUCUUUGAACAAGAAUGGGCAUUUGGCUAUGGUUACACUAGAAUCCUCUCCUUUCUAACAUCUGUUCUUCCUCAACUCUGUGGCCUGGACGGUGUUGCCAAAAUCGCACUGGUUGCAAGUGCCCUCUCUCAUAUUGCCCAUUACUUAUCGAUGUUGGCCAUAUACGGACUAUCCAUCAAUAUCUUUGGCCAUGGCACCACCUCAGGAAGGUUAGUCAGCUUUCUUGCUGCUGCCUUACACAUUAUCUGCCCUGCGGGGGCAUUUCUCUCUGCACCCUACGGAGAAUCAUUAUUCUCCUUUCUCAACAUUACUGGGUAUUAUCUAUAUGCAUCGUCCCUACUUGAUGCUAACACUGGUAAGCGGGCAUCCAGUGAUGCGAAAAUGUUGCUCGCGGCUGCGUUGUUCUCAAUAGCUACAGCAGUCCGCAGCAAUGGGAUCCUUAGCGGAGCCUUAUUUGCGUACGACGCGCUGCUACAGUUGCACAAGAUUAUCUUCCAAGGUAUAUCCGGGGGGAAUGUGCUUCGCCUAGGUGUCAUUGUGGUCAGUGGCUGUGUAGUGGCCUUGGGGCUCAUUGUACCACAGUGGAUUGCGUACACAGCAUUCUGCAUGUCUGGCGAACCUUUGCGACCGUGGUGUGAACAGCUCAUACCUAGUAUAUAUGGCUGGGUUCAGGUUCAUUAUUGGAACGUAGGGUUCCUACGGUACUGGACAUUUUCCAACCUGCCGCUUUUUAUCCUGGCCUUUCCUAUGUUAUUCUUGCUGUGUCGCUCCUCUAUCUGGGCGUUAAACAUGGCAUGGCUAUCAGAUACAGCAACUCCAGUGCUGACACGGCUUGCGGUGCCCAAUGGUCUACUUGCUGUGAUGGCUUUUACUAGCUAUCACGUUCAGAUCAUCAAUCGGAUAUCCUCUGGGUAUCCGCUCUGGUAUUGGUACCUUAUAUAUCAGACAUUCGGCCAGGCUGUGGAUUCUAGUAGCGUUGCCAAGCGCAGCCAAACUUUCACGAUUGCUAUACAAGGUAUAGUGAUGUAUGCCAUUGUUCAGGCGGUUCUUUUUGGAUCCUUCCUGCCACCGGCUUAG